AUGGAGUUUGCGCCCGCUAAACCCUUAAAGCCGCCUUCAAACAUAACGGAGAUGGUCUCCAAGCUUGCCAAAGUUUGCAGAUUGAGAUCCAUUGGUGUGUUCUCCGGUGAAAACCCACAUAACCAAACAAAUCCCGCAGGCAUUUGCAAUCCCCCUUUGAUGGGUGAGAGCAGCAGCAGCGAUGCCAGUGGGGGAACAGAUUCCGGCCGUGCUGGUGGGAAGGAUGGAGUUCGUGCUCAACCUGCAGUGGUUCCUGCGAGUAAGAGCGGGAAAUUGAGCGGUGGUGACAAGGAUAUUGUCAAGCUGUUUGACUCGGUUUCGGCUCUGAAAUUGGCGUACAUUCAGCUUCAGGAAGCUCAUAUUCCUUACAACCCUGACAAGAUUCUAGCUGCUGAUGAAAUAGUCAUGUCUCAGUUCCAAACUCUCUGCAACAUUAGAAGGUCGGUUAAGGAGAAGCAGUUUGAGAAGGCGAAGCUGGAGUCUUCUCGUUUGGGCUCGCUGCGUGCUGAAGUUGAAGCUAAAGAGAGGGUCUUGGAGCAACUGAAGUCUCAAACUGGGGCUAGAGAUGCUGAGAUUGCACGAUUGAGGGAGCAACUUCAUGAUUUGGACACUUCCAAUUUACUGUUGGUCGAGACUAUGAAGGCAAGAAGCUUGGAGAAAAGGAGUUGGAAGGUUGUGGAUGCUGUGAUGUUUGAGGAAAUCUUCAGAUUGGCUUGUAAGUCAAUUCAUGAUUUUGCAAAGCCGAUGAUCAACCUGAUGAAAGCUUCAGGGUGGGAUCUAGACUUGGCUGCCGAUGCAGUUGUGAAAGGGGCGACUUAUGCCAAAAGGUCGCAUAAGAAGUAUGCAUUCGAAGCAUAUGUUUCUCGGAGAAUGUUCCAUGGGAUGUCACUCAAGUCAUGUAAUGUGGACGAUGUUAUGAGGUACGAUGAUCCUAUUGAGUCUCUGAUAGAGAAUCCUAACUCAGGGUUCGCCAACUUCUGUGGGAAAAAGUACCUGUUCGUUGUUCAUCCGGUGAUGGAGAUAUGUUUCUUUAGGAAUUUGGAUCAUAGGAUGUUGGUGAUCAGUGGGAAGCAUCCAAGAACACCGCUGUACCAAAUCUUUGUGAGAAUGGCAAAGUGGAUUUGGAUUCUACAGGGAGUUGCCACAUCGAUUGAUCCCCAGGCUAAGGUGUUUGCAGUAAGCAGUGGAAGUGAAUUCUCUGAUGUUUAUAUGGAAUCUGUUGAAGAGAAGUCAGAGUCCAACUGUAAAGUUGAAUUCAUGGUGAUGCCUGGCUUCAGAAUUGGGGACAAAUUGGUUAAAUCUCGGGUUUAUCUUUCGAAACCAAAAUGA